AUGUCUUUCGAUCCACACAAUGUCGACCUGGACACGGCCGACGCAGCCCAGAUUGUCUGCUACCUGAAUGCAGAGGGAAAUGAAUAUGAUGGACGAAUGGGUGCGCGCAUCUCUGCCAUCUUCGUUAUCAUGAUCGUCUCAUCAAUUGCAACCUUCUUCCCCGUCCUUGCGCAGCGCGCGCCCCGCCUGCGCAUUCCUCUCUACGUCUACCUCUUCGCCAAGUACUUUGGUGCUGGUGUCAUCAUCGCCACAGCCUUCAUUCAUCUGCUUGACCCGGCUUAUGACGAAAUCGGCGGAAACUCCUGCGUCGGACUGACCGGUCACUGGGCCGAUUACUCAUGGUGUCCUGCCAUCGUGCUGACCUCCCUCAUGGUCGUCUUCCUCAUGGACUUCGGAGCGGAGCGCUGGGUCGAGAUCAAAUAUGGUAUUUGUCGCGAGGACCCCGAGCCAAUCAUGGCAUCCGGCGUCGAAGCCCACCGUGUCUCGUCGCGUGUUUCAGCACGACACUCCGACGACAAGCAGGUGAAGGAGAUCGAGUCACAGUCACAAGAGCUUGCCAUCGAACGCUCAGUCAAGCAACAGAUUGCCGCACUCCUGAUUCUCGAAUUCGGCGUCAUCUUCCACUCUGUCAUCAUCGGUCUCAACCUCGGUGUAGCCGGCGAUGAAUUCGCAACCCUCUACCCCGUCCUGGUCUUCCACCAGUCCUUCGAGGGUCUUGGUAUCGGUGCCAGAAUGUCCAGCAUCCCCUUCAAGAAGGGCAGCUGGGUUCCUUGGAUCCUGUGCACCGCCUACGGACUGACCACCCCCAUCGCCAUCGCCAUUGGACUCGGUCUGCGCGAGACCUACAACCCAGGCUCUUUCACCGCAAAUGUCGUCUCCGGUGUCCUGGACGCGAUCUCCGCUGGCAUUCUUCUAUACACUGGAUUGGUGGAGUUGCUCGCCCGUGACUUCUUGUUCGACCCCCACCGUACCCAGGAUGACAGGCGCUUGACUUUCAUGGUGCUUACUUUGCUUCUUGGUGCUGGUAUCAUGGCUUUGCUUGGAAAGUGGGCUUGA